AUGAGCUCCUCCAGCGAGCUCGAGGUCGUCUCGAAGCCGCGCCAGCCGUCAUCGUCGCCCGAGGUGCGCCGCUCGGGGAGGGCCAGACGCGCUCCCCGCGGCCCGGACGAGAUCGCAGCAGCAGCCGCGCCCAUGGCCAGGUCGGGCUCGGGCACGGGCACCACGGGCCUGCCAGGUCCUCUCGACGCGUUCCAGGGCCAGCCGGCCCCGUCCAGGCGCCGCGGCGUCGACGACUCGGACGACGACCUCGCCCCACCGAUGAAGCGCCCAGGAGCACCAGGGCCAGCGCCGUUCGCGUCCACGUCCUUCAUGCAGCUCCCACCGCUGCCGCCCCUUCCUCCCGCACCCGCCCGACCGCCUCACGACGCGACCACCGCCUCGACCUCGCCCGCCCUCAACCCUUCCUCGAGCGCGCCCGCUCUCGGCUCAGCAGCCGCCCCGAGACCCGCUCCAGCCCGCUCUGCGUCCCUCGCCGCUCGCCCACAACCCGUCCCGCGCCGGUCCCGCACCCCGGCCGACCGCACCUCGGCCGCACCCGCACCUCCUCCUCGCGCCGCCCCACCGCCCAAGGUCUCGUACUCGUCCGACGAGGCCGACGACUUCUUCGGCGCGCGCCGCACCAAGCCCAAGAUGCGCGUGCCGGCCGCGGCGAGGGCGGGCAGCUCGACGGCGGCAGGAGCCGGGACGGCGCAGAGCAGGGCGAGCAGCGGGUCGGCGACGCCGAGGCCGACCAGUCCAGUCAAACGUCAACGCCCGCCGACCCUCGACCUGUCGUCCUCUUCCUCGUCCGACAGCGACUCGUCGCCUCGCCGCCGCGCCAUCGCCCUCUCGUCCGGCUCAGACGAUGACCGCUCGACCAAGCUCACCAAGGCCCUCAAGCUGCCGGCCUGGGCGAUGCAGGGCUCGACGGUGAGCGGCGCCGACCGCAAGCGGGCGGCGCAGGGCGGCGGGCGCAACCGCAAGCGCAAGAAGCUCGGCGAGAGCGGGAGCGAGGCAGAGAAGGACGAGGACGCAGGUGGACGAGGUGGGUCGCAGGGCAAGGGCAAGGGCAAGGAGAAGGCGGUGGACGAGGGCGGGUUGUUCAAGAUGGGCGACGACGACGGCGACGCCCACGACGACACGGACGACAGCCUCGAGCUCGCCCUCAUGCACGGCAGCAAGCUUAAGAGCGUGGCGCCGACCUCAUCGCCGACGAAACUGCCGCCGUUGCGCUCGCCCCGUAGACCCUCAAGCCGCCCAGAAGCGCUCGUACUACCCGACCGUCACUCGACAGGCCCAUCCCCCUCGGCCUCGCCCUACCGCUCCCCUCGCCGCGCACUCCCGAACCCGCACGCCCUCCUCAGCUCGUCGCCCCAGCGCGCGUCGCACAUCUCGCUCUCUUCGACCUCGUCGGACGGCAACGCGGCUACGAUGAUCGCGCUCGGCAGCGACGACGACGACGACGACGACGAUGUGCCGAUCGACGCGACGCUCGCCGCCAUCCGCAAGUCGCUCGCCGCUGCGCGACGCGACGCUGCGGCCUCGCGCAAGGCGACGUCGAGGACUCGCGGCGGCGCAGGCGCGACGGCGUUCUCGUCGCCGGUCAAGGCGGCGUCGGCGAGCCCGGGCGGCCCGAGCGGCCGAGCGGGCGCGGGAGCGGGAGGAGGAACAAGUGCGAGGGCAGGGCCGAGCGGCGGGGCAGCGGCGGCAGGGGACGACGGCGACAAGGUGACGGUGCGGCUGAGGAUGGUGUUCGACCCGACGAGGCAGGCGCCCGAGGUGGCCAAGCAGGCGUACGAGCGCGAGGAGGUGAUCGAGAUGGGGCUCCACGAGCCUUUCGAGUCGCUCUUCUACGAGCUGUCGCAGCGGCGCGGCAUCCCUCGAGCCGACCUCGUCAUCACGCACCUGCGCCCCUCCUCCACCUCUAUCUCGACCUCGACCUCGUCCCAGACCCUCGUCUCGGCCACCUCGUCCGCCUCGGGCUCGGCCUCGACGACCAAGCAGACGCAGCUGUACGAGUACGGCACGGCGGCCUCGCUCGGCUUGCGCGCCAGCGGCGAGCCCGAGAUGCGCGCCUACACCCGCGACGUGUGGGCCAAGGUGCGCGAGGCGGCGCGCGUCGAGGCCGAGGCCAAGCGCAAGGCGCACGAGGACGAGGUCGAGGAGGCGGCGCUAGAGCGUCUGCGGGCGGGGGUGCGGGAGGGGGCGCAGGCCGAGCGAGAGGGGCGGGGAGGGGCGGCCAAGGGCAAGAGCGGGCCGGGACCGGUCGUGCUCGACCUCGAGGACGACGACGACGACGAGGAGCUCCUUCCGGCGCCCGGCGCUCGGGCCGCCGCCAGCAGCGACCCUCCCACGCCUGCCGCCGCCACCGCCACCGCCACAGCCGCCACCUCGUCCCCCAGCACGGCCGUCCCCGCCGGCCUGUUCCCGCUCACGCUGCGCGGCUCGCGCACCGAGUCGCUGUCGCUCGCCGUCAAGCCGUCGACGACGAUCACGCAGCUCGUGCGCGCCUUUUGCCGCAAGUUUGCGAUCCCGCCGGCGCGCCAGGCCAAGGUCGUCGUCGAGUUUGACGGCGAGCGCCUGCAGGGCACCAUGACGCUCGACGAGGCGCGCGACGAGUUUGACCUCGAGGGCGAGGAGACGUUCGAGCUGAGAGAGCUUGCUUAG